UAACGUUAGGUCGGCAGACAGAGAGAAACCGCGAGAAGGAGAAGGAGAGGCAGAGCGGGCAGACGACUUUCUCUGAAGUUGAAGCCAUCGUUUCGCUAGUUAUCUGCCAGAGGAAGAGACGCCAACGACUUGUAUUUUGGAUUUGUCAAACGAGGGGAAAGCGCGGGUCGGUGCAUGGCCAUGAGUUAAAAGAACAAAAGUUAAAGUUCGGCGUCGUUGCGGUCGGUAAAUGUGACAUUUUAGGAGAGCAUAAAUUGCUCCAGCAGUCGACGGUCGAGUGGCGGGGUAACGUUAAAACCCGAGCUGUCAAACCCGAUGACGACUGCAAACUGCCCCGGGAAUGAGGAGCUGGACUUCAGACUGAUUUUCGGAGAGGACGGGCAGCAGCAGCCGUUAGGCCCCGCAGAUCUGGAGCCUGAUGACAACACGUCGUUCUACAUCCUAAAUGUGGGCCAGCCCCAGUCUAUGGUCACCAACCACCAGUCUAUUGGCCUGCCUCGUCAUGGCAUGCAGUCCCACUCCCAGAUCAUCAGCACUUCCCCACGCCUUCACUCACACAAACCAGGAUCUGUGCCUCUGGGCUAUGGGGCACAUGACUCCAAGUAUGGCACCUCCCCUCUGCUGCCCUCUGCUCCUGUGGAGGCACCAAAGGCCUUUGAGUGCCCCAGUAUCCAGAUCACCUCCAUCUCCCCCAGCUGCCAGCAGGAGAUGGAUGCCACUGAGGAUGAUCUGAGGGCCAAUGUCCCUGAUGGGGACUACCACGGUGAUAGGCCCCUGUCCAGAGACCACCUGUAUUUGCCCCUGGACCACUCAUACCGGGACUCUUCGCUUAGCCCUAGUCCAUGCAGCAGCCUCUCCUCUAGGAGCUGGUUCUCUGAUGCCUCCUCCUGUGAAUCAUUCUCACACGUCUAUGACGAUGUUGACUCCGAGCUAAAUGAAGCGGCUGCCCGGUUCACCCUGGGCUCCCCGCUUACUUCCCCAGGCUGUGUAUCCCCUCAAACCAGUGGUGGGCUUUUGGAGGAGCAGCCCCACUGGCAGCACCAUCACCCCGCCUUUGUGCACCACUCCCACUCCAUCAGCCUGUCACCCCGACAGUCCCCCUGUCACUCGCCACGCACUAGUGUCACUGAUGAAAAUUGGCUUAGCCCAAGGCCACCUUCCAGGCCUUCCUCACGUCCCACCUCACCCUGUGGCAAGAGGCGCCACUCUAGCGCCGACAUCUGCUACCCCGGCUCAUUGUCUCCUCAUCACUCACCCACACCCACGCCAGGGCCUUCACCUAGGAGCAGCGUGACAGAGGACACCUGGGUUGGCAGUCCCUCUGUAGGCAUGUCACCCUUCCAGUGCUGCCCAUCUGAGGCAGACAUCCCAUCCAAGACAAGGAAGACCUCACAAGACAGAACUUCUAUGCAGACUGGUAAAGGGGAGCUGGGGCUAGAUGACCAAGGAAAUAUGUCUCCUAAUCUAGACUCUCCUUCAGACGAGGGCCUGCACAGCCUGAAGAAAGAUGGUCCCGGGGAACAGUUCCUCUCAGUGCCCUCUCACUUCUCAUGGAAUAAACCUAAACCCGGUCACACACCUAUAUUCAGGACCUCCUCACUGCCUCCUUUAGAUUGGCCGCUGCCAAGCCAGUUUGGCCAGUAUGACCUGAAGAUAGAGGUUCAACCCAAAGCCCACCACCGAGCGCACUAUGAGACUGAGGGCAGCCGAGGAGCCGUCAAAGCAGCAUCCGGUGGCCACCCAAUCGUCAAGCUCAUUGGCUACAGUGAGAAGCCCAUCAACCUGCAGAUGUUCAUCGGAACAGCAGACGACCGGUACUUGAGGCCGCACGCCUUCUACCAGGUGCACCGGAUCACCGGGAAAACCGUAGCCACAGCCAGCCAAGAAAUUGUAGUCUCCAGCACCAAAGUUCUCGAAAUUCCUCUCCUGCCUGAAAACAACAUGUCAGCCAGUAUCGACUGUGCUGGCAUCCUUAAGCUGCGGAACUCAGACAUUGAGCUGCGGAAGGGGGAGACGGAUAUAGGAAGAAAGAACACACGGGUCCGUGUGGUGUUCCGAGUGCACAUCCCUCAAUCCAACGGGAAGGUGCUGUCGCUGCAGGCUACCUCUAUUCCUGUGGAGUGCUCCCAGCGUUCGGCUCAGGAGCUGCCCCAGGUUGAGAAAUCCAGCCUGACCAGCUGUCUGGUCAGCGGGGGAGAAGAGAUGGUCAUCACCGGCUCCAACUUCUUCCCAGAGUCCAAAGUCAUCUUCCUGGAGAAAGGUCCUGAUGGACGACCACAAUGGGAAGUUGAGGCAAAAAUAAUGCGUGAGAAAACUCAAGGAUCCUGCAUCGUGGUGGAGGUCCCUCCCUACCACAGUAAGUCUGUGGGCACAGCUGUGCAGGUGCAGUUUUAUGUCUGCAAUGGCAAGCGGAAAAGGAGCCAAUCGCAACGCUUCACUUACCUUUCAGUCAUGGUGAAACAGGAGCACAGAGAAGAGCUGGACCUUUCUGCAGUACCCCCUAUGGCCAUGCCCCUGGCACAUGCUGCCAGUCUGGUGCGCACCCAGCUGCCUUCUCCUGAGCAGUGCCACCCAUCGGACAACCUUCUGUCCAGCUCCCCUCACGGCCUGGCCACCGGCUCCGGACCUGGCCUGCUACCCCUGCAGGCCCCCUGCCCCUCCCUGGGCUCCCCGUCUUUCCAGCACCUGCCUCACCUCCAGGGUCGCAGCUUGCACCACCCCCCUGCCGACUGCCACAUGACGUUCCACCCGGGCUCUGCCCCUUCUCCUCUUCCGGCUCCCCCCCGGCCCUCCUACCAGCCUAUGCAGCACAGCCACAGUCAUAGUCAUAGCCUGCCCUUCAACGGCCAGUCCAGCCUUCCUCCUCAGGGCUACGACAGGAUGCCUUUUCAGCACAGCCCCAGUGAGGCGUCACACCCAAUGAGCAUGGGAAUGGUGUACCCUUCUUCCCCUUGCUCCUCACCAUCAGCUCCCUCCUCUUCAACCACCAACCCCAUUGCUGGGUCUCCCCAGAGCCAGCAACCUCUGCUCUCCCCUUCAUCCCCACACCUGCACACACUCGGAGGCUAUCACUGCUCCCCAAAUCCAACCCAGGUGCCCUCUCCGGGUGGCCACCCCCUCGUGGGGCAGCACUCCUCCCAACUGCAGAGGGCUAUGAGCUACCACCCAGUAAGUCAAAGGUCAGCCUCUUGUCCCACACCGCCCAGCGCCCCUGCUCCAAGGAUGAUCCCCUCUCCCCACUCUGGGCCUUCCUCCCCUCAGCUCCACUCGCUGCCCUACCAGUCUCCCACCUCAUCCUCCCCCACCUCUUGUGGCAGUCCUCUGGGGCCCGUGCAACAGCAGCAUUCAGGACAGCGUUCCCCCCAGGCUACAAGUCCAGUCAUGGCCAGCCUGUCCCCGGUGGCUGCAGGGCCUCUGGGUCACCCUCUAAGCCCGCAGGGACCCUUCCCCUCAGACGGAGAGAGGCUGAACAUCAAAGAGGAGCCAGAGGAGAGGGAGCCCACCUUCCGCUCCAUCGGCCUACAGGACAUCACACUGGACGAUGUGAAUGAAAUCAUCGGCAGAGACAUGUCCCAGUCCCCCAGCACUCGUGGUCCUCCAGCAGCACACAGCCAGUCAUAGCCCAGCCAGCACUCAGGCCCUGACACAGGCUUUUGGGACAUGACCCCCACCCCUCCUCCAGUUCUUGACCCCGGACACCCCCCCCC